AUGGAUCUGCCGGGACAGACGUCAUCGUUACUUGUUCGUGAUCCGCGGACCGCAGAAUGGUUUGUUUCGGGAAAUAUUACGUUACUUCUAACCCUUCUCGUAAGUUACGUGUACUUCGUCAAAGUCAGUGGACCGCGUUUCAUGACGAAUCGAAAACCUAUGGAGCACCUCAAGCCACUGAUCAUUGUCUACAAUGCGGCUAUGGUUUUUGCUAACGUCCACUUCUGUUAUACUUUUCUUCGUCUAACAUACUUUGGCAGACGUUACAGUUUCUUCUGCCAAGGCAUCGACUAUGCAGCAAAGGACCGCACGACGAUGGAUCUCCUGGAACUGUGUUGGUGGUACUUCUGGGUCCGUGUUGCGGACUUCCUGGACACAGUGUUCUUUGUGCUUCGCAAGAAGGAUGCUCAUAUAUCAUUCCUCCAUGUCGCUCAUCAUUGUUUGGUCGUGUUCAGUGGCUGGUACGGGGUCGGCUAUGGUGCUGACGGACAGGUGGUUAUGGCAAUUUGCGUCAACAGCUUCGUUCACAUCAUUAUGUACUCCUACUACUUCUUGUCACUUCUCGGCCCUUCGGCAAGAAGGUACCUCUGGUGGAAACGGCACCUGACGCAGAUCCAGAUUGCUCAGUUCGUGAUUGUUUCUGUGCAUGGAGUGAUCCCUCUGUUUAAAGAAUGUGGUUAUCCGCGAAUGCAUAUCUACAUCGCUUUUCCUCAGUGUGUUUUCUUUACCGGUAUGUUCGUGGAUUUUUAUUGUAAGGCUUACGCCAAGAAGAAGUGCGAGCCGAAACGGACGCUUGGCCUGAAAGAUCGAAAAUAA